AUGGCCACCACCACCCCUGCCGGCAACGGCAGCGGCAGCGACGACGGCGCCGGCAACGGCAGCGGCAGCGACGACAACACCGGCAACGGCAACGGCAGUGGCAGCGACGACGACACCGGCAACGGCAGCGGCAACGGCAACGGCAACGGCAGCGGCAGCGGCAGCGACGACGGCGCCGGCAACGGCAACGGCAACGGCCAACGUGGCCGAAACAUGAAGGAUUGGGCGCGGGCGCUGCGUGGCUGCAUCACCAUCGAUGGCAACUCGGCCAUCGCCGAGUCGGACGAAGAGUCCGACAUCGAAGGCAUCCAUCAAACAUCGGUAUUAACAAGCAACUCCCUCACAGCUCCGCCGGUCCCCGUCCACCGACGGGAGAGAAAGGCCCCCGAGGGGGGAGUUUUGCGAGCCCUUUUGGACUUGAAACCUGGGUCCGGCGCCGCCUCCUCCGGCACCAUCGCCACCGCCACCGCCACCGCCACGACCACCACUGCUGAUUCUUCUUCCUCUGCUGCGGCCGCCCCCACCGCAGCCACCACCACCACCACCGCGCCGCCGCCGCUCGCGUGGAACGCGGGCCGCGAGCAGGAUCCCGCCCUGAUCGCCGAGAUGGACGUCAGUGUCCGAGACUUUGCAUACCCCGCCUAGAAGCAGGCGGUGAGGAAUUCGGGGCUGGGCCGGGCCGAUGACGACGACGACGGCGACGAAGAAAUUGGGGCUGGGCCGACGGCGGCGACGAUAACGGCGACGACGACGGCGACGACGACGACGACGACGACGACGACGACGACGA